AUGCUGACGACGACGCGGUGCCAACUGCCGCCACGCAAACCGGCACGCCAUCAACAAGCGGUGCUUCAACUCCAAACUCCGUUUGGCGGCAUCCAGGAGGUGCUGCGGGAAUUCUCGAGCGAUGAAAUCCAGGCCAUGACGCAGGACUUCGGGAGCAUGAUAGGCCGAGGCGGCUCCGCCCAGGUCUUCCGAGGGAACCUCGACGACGGCACGGCCGUCGCCGUCAAGCGGAUCAACAACCACGGUGGGCGCACCGUGGCCAGCGAGGACUUCCGGAGAGAGCUGUCCACCAUCGCCAACGUGCACCACCGCAGCCUGGUGCGCCUCCUCGGCUACUGCCUCCAGCACGGCGGGGGAGGCCUCUACCUGGUCUACCCCUUCUUCGAGAACGGGUCGCUGGACAAGUGGCUCUUCCACAGAACUGAGGAGCAGAGGCGCCUCAUGACGUGGCCCAAGAGGUUCUGCACCGCCGUCGACGUCGCCAGGGCGCUCGCGUACCUCCACAACGAGUGCCACCGGCGGAUCCUGCACCUCGACGUCAAGCCGGGCAACAUCCUGCUCGACGGCGACCUCCGCGCUCACGUCUCCGACUUCGGCAUCUCCCUGUCCAUCACCCGGGGCCUCAACAGCGUCAUCAACACGCGCGGGAGGGGCACGUUAGGGUACAUGGCGCCGGAGAUGCUCGUCAACUCGGUGUCCGACAGGUCCGAUGUGUUCAGCUACGGCAAGACGCUUCUCGAGCUCGUCGGCGGGCGCCCGAACUACGUUGCCCCGCCGGUCCCGUCAGCAGACGAUGCUUCAUCAUCAGCCACGCCGGACCUCAAGCAGGACUACUUCCCGUAUAUCGUGAGGGAUAUAAUGACGCGAGGCGAGCUCCUGAAGGCGGUGGACACGGCCAUGGCGCAUGAUGGUGUGGACGAGGAGGAGGUGAAGACUGUGGUGGAGGUGGCGCUCUGCUGCAUCCAGGAACAGCCGGACAAGAGGCCCAGGAUGCAAGAUGUUGUGGAUAUGCUCGAAGGGCGAGUCUCCGUUAAUCUCCCGCCGGAGAUAUUUUAG